AUGGAUGCGCAGAGUGUCUAUGCAUCAAAACGUAUAAAGAGCCGCAAACAAUUACGCAAGUUGAGACUGAAAGAGCACGUACGGGGGAAGAGCAAUAGGUCGUUCCCGAACCGACGAAGAGACAUUCAGAAACGAUACUGUCUCAAAAUACCAUCUUCAUCCAUUGGCUUAAGAGGAGGUGCUUCCUCACCUGAUGAUGACGAUUCUCAAAACCACAGGGUUGGGGGAAACGAUAAUACCUCGGACCAAUCAUCCGAUAGAGACGAUUCCCUAUACCGGGUCGAUAUCCAAGGAAGUGCAAGCGACGAGCCUGCUGAUACCUCGUAUAAGCAUACCAAUAGGAAUGCUUCCGAUACGAAUAACUUGGAAAAUCACAUGGCUCCAAACGGUGCGGUUGUCAACGGCUCAGACGAACCUCGCUAUAAUGGCGCUCCUACAACACAAGGUCACAUGGAAAAUGGCACCCUGGAUGAAGAAUUUAAUGGAGACUUUAUUGCAUCCGGAGAUGUGGGUAGUCAUGUUUUUCGAAAUGUACCUAUACACCGGAACCAUCAUGUGCCUCCGAACCGUACACUUUUCAAUGGCUCGAACAACCAUUUCUCUAGUAGAGCCGCUCGCCCGUCGCGAGGCCGCAUGGCCGACGAUACCCUCAGCCACCAAGUCAACGGCGUCAGCACUCCAACGAGCCAACGAACUUCCCUCUCGUCCCACCACUCCCGCGUCGACAGUCUCCGCGAUGCACAGCAAGAAGAAGACGACUACGUAAUAGACUGGUGGCUCUGCGAGCCCCUCGGCCGCACCCCCUUGACCUCAACCCACACCUCCAGCCUCGCCUCGUCCCUCUUCGUUCGCCAACACCCCCGCCGCUCCCCGCAAGACACCUACAACCACCUAGCCGGCUACUACUCCGACGACUCCCAAGAAAACAGUCGUACCAGUAGAGGUAGCGGCUCAAUCCUCUUCCCCCCGCCCCCAAACAGCUUACUCUCCCGCAUCCCAUAUCUGGAUCCUGGCCCUACUUCUAAUCUCUGGCCCCCGAACCCGGGUCCGCCAGAUUUGGUCGAGCCUUCGAGACAUGCAUCGUUGAGCCCCUCGAGACAUAACUUUUCGGGAACUACGGCGGCGGUGGCGGCAGCGGCAGCGGCACUGGGCGAGCCACCACCGCCACCGCCACCGUGGGAGUUCUCAGAUCGCUGGAAAAACAAUUGA